AUGGGGGCUUUUGUGAGAAGGCCCAUCCAGCCAUUACAGCAAGCCAAAGUGGAUGAAAGCCUUGUUAAGAUGAUAGCAAAGGACUUUCAGCCAUUUUCAAUAGUUGAAAAUGAGGGGUUCAGGGAAUACAGCCAGACCCUAAACCCCUCAUAUGUCCUUCCAAGUAGGCACACAAUCUCAAGGCGGAUGCUGCCAAAUAUGUAUGAAAAGGUCAGAGCAGACCUUAAGGAUAUCAUCAAGGAUGUUUCAGCUGUGUGCCUCACCACAGACUGCUGGACCUCCAGAACAACUACUAGCUACAUUGCUGUCACAUGCCAUUACAUAUCUGACUUUGAACUGAAGAGUGCCUUGUUGGAUUGCUGCACCAUAACAGAACAUCACACUGCUGAACAGCUGGCAUAUAAGUUGGAUCAAGUGACACAGGAGUGGGGCAUACAGGGCAAAGUUGCUGCCUGUACCACAGACAACGCCAAAAACAUUGUUAAACCUGUCAAGGAUGUGCUGAAGUGGAAUCACGUUGGUUGUAUGGCACAUACUUUAAAUCUGGUUGUCAGGCACUCAUUAGAGGGGCCUGACAUACAGGCAAUCAUACAAAAAGUCAAGAACAUCACUGAAUACAUGAGGAAAAGCACAGUGGCUGCUGCAAAACUGCGUGAAAUUCAAAAACAGAUGGGUCAGGACGAGUUGCGGCCAAAGCAAGAUGUAGCAACGCGCUGGAACUCAACGUUUUACAUGCUCCAGCGCAUGCUACAGAUCAAAGAGCCCUUGGUUUCCACUUUGGCAAUUGUAAAUCCCACAAUGCCAACAUUAACCCUCCAGGAGUGGGAGAAUGUGAAGGAGGCCUGUGAUGUUCUUCAACCUUUUGAAGAAAUCACGACUGAGAUGAGCUCAGAGAGCUUUGUGACAGGUUCAAAAGCUAUCCUGAUUGCACGAGGGUUACAACGAUUUAUAUCCCAUAAACAGCGAACCCCCCCAAAAAGUGCAACAGUUUUGGACCUGAUCAACAGGCUUGCAGCCGAAAUGGACAAAAGACUUUCACUGCUGGAAAGGGUCCCUGUACUGGCUGAUGCCACCUUUUUGGACCCAAGGUUUAAAAAGUAUGCCUUUGUGAAUGACAGGUAUGCAGCUGAGGCUCAGGCUAGAGUGGAGAGAGCAACCACACGUGCAGCAACACCAUCAUCAGGUGAAGUUGAAGAGGUUGAAGCUGCCACCUCAGCUGCUGCAACUGCAAGCACUCCAAGUCAGCCUGUGCCUGUGGUUUGGGCUGACUUUGAGGAGAGGGUGACCAGUUUGAGGCCAAAUCUGCAGAACCCCCAUGCAGAGUCCUUGCUUGAGGUCAAGGGGUUUCUAUCAGAGCAGCUUAUUCCCCGCACAGCUGAUCCCUUGGAGUGGUGGAAGGUGCGGUCACUUGUGUACAAAAACUUGUGCACUGUGAUGAAGACCAGGUUGUGCAUAGUUGCAACGUCAGUGCCCUCAGAGAGAGUUUUUUCCAAAACAGGGCAAAUCCUGUCAGAGAGGAGGAGCAACCUGACCACCGACAAAGUUGGUCAGCUGGCAUUUUUGAAUGCCAACCUUCAACGCACAAAAAAAUAA